AUGGAGAAUUCUACGAGAGGGACGUUGCUUCUCAUCUUUCUAACAAUCUCCACAUCAUUGGCAACGAUCACAAGUCCUUGGAUGCCGAUGGACGGAAACAAUCCGACGAAUAGCUAUUGCUUAAGCUGGAGACUAGCCAUAGAAACCAACAAUGUACGUGCGUGGCGCAUCGUCCCCUUGCAAUGUAUGCGUUACGUUGAGGUAUACAUGCUUGCUGGUCAAUACGACCGAGACGUACAGUUGAUCGUGGAACACAUUAACGUCUAUCUCAAUGAGAUUGUCCUUCCUGGUGAUGGCAUGGAUGCAUGGAUCUUGGAUGUUGAUGAUACUUGCUUCUCUAACGUCUUUUACUAUCGUCUCAAGAGAUACGGAUGUGACCCUUAUGAUCCAACCGGAUUUAGAACAUGGGCGAUGAAAGGAGGGUCUCCAGCAAUACAGCCUGUUCUUGAGCUAUUCAACAAUCUGAUAGAGACCGGUUUCAAAGUUUUCCUAGUGACCGGCAGAGAUGAAGAGACCCUUCGAGAGGCGACAGAAGAGAAUUUGAAUGAUCAAGGAUUCACUGGUUAUGAAAGGUUGAUUAUGAGGACAGUAGAGAACAAGAAACAAAGCGCAGCAACGUACAAAACAACAAUAAGAAAGCAAUUGAUGGAAGAAGGUUACAGGAUAUGGGGCAAUGUAGGCGACCAAUGGAGUGACUUGCAAGGAGAAUAUACAGGGAAUCGCACAUUCAAGAUUCCUAAUCCUAUGUACUUUGUUCCCUAA